AUAAAUAUAUUCUCUUCACUUAUACUCACAUCACUCGUAACCCUCUCAUUUCCUAUUUUUCUCACCAUGACUAAUUAUUAUAAACAUAUCAACUACCCAAACUACGUAAAAAUCUCUAUUAUUUGUGCAUUAUCACUCUGCAUAGUACCAACACUAAUAUUUAUUAACUCAAACUAUGAACUUAUUAUCUCAAACUGACACUGAAUAACUAUCCAAACAUUCACUCUCUCCAUAAGCUUCAAGUUAGACUAUUUUUCUAUACUUUUUAUACCUGUAGCAUUAUUUGUGACAUGGUCAAUUAUAGAAUUUUCAAUAUGAUAUAUACACUCAGACCCUUUCAUUAACCGCUUCUUCAAAUACCUACUCCUAUUCCUUAUCACUAUAAUAAUUCUAGUUACAUCCAACAAUCUAUUCCAACUAUUCAUUGGCUGAGAAGGAGUAGGCAUCAUAUCCUUUUUAUUAAUUGGCUGAUGAUACGGUCGAACAGAUGCUAAUACAGCAGACCUUCAAGCUAUCCUAUAUAACCGAAUUGGAGAUAUUGGAUUUGUACUAGCUAUAGCAUGAUUCUUACUCAACUCAAACUCAUGAGAAUUUCAACAACUUUUCAUGAUAGAUGUAUCUUUAUUCCCCCUACUAGGCCUACUCUUGGCCGCCACAGGGAAAUCUGCCCAAUUCGGUCUUCAUCCCUGAUUACCCUCUGCUAUAGAAGGUCCAACCCCUGUAUCAGCUCUACUUCACUCCAGUACUAUAGUAGUAGCAGGAGUUUUUCUCCUCAUCCGCUUCUACCCGCUAAUAGAACAUAAUAAAAUCAUCCAAACACUUACCCUCUGCUUAGGAGCUAUUACUACUCUAUUUACUGCCAUCUGUGCUCUUACCCAAAAUGACAUUAAAAAGAUUAUUGCAUUUUCCACUUCAAGCCAACUAGGAUUAAUAAUAGUAACCAUUGGAAUUAAUCAGCCUCACUUAGCCUUUCUCCACAUUUGUACACAUGCAUUCUUUAAAGCCAUAUUAUUUAUAUGCUCAGGAUCAAUUAUUCAUAACCUAAACGAUGAACAAGACAUUCGAAAAAUAGGAGGACUAUUCAAAGCCCUUCCAUUUACCUCAUCUUCACUCAUUAUUGGCAGUCUAGCACUUACAGGAACCCCUUUCCUAACUGGAUUCUACUCUAAAGACCUAAUCAUUGAAUCCGCAAACACGUCGUAUACCAACGCCUGAGCCCUAACUAUUACUCUCCUCGCCACCUCCCUAACUGCUGUCUACAGCACACGAAUUAUUUUCUAUGUUCUAAUAGGACGACCUCGAUUUUCUACACUAACUUCAAUUAAUGAAAAUAACCCCCAACUACUUAACUCAAUUAAACGUCUUCUCAUUGGAAGUAUUAUUGCAGGAUUUAUCCUUUCGUAUAAUAUUCCACCUAUAAAUAUCCCAGUCCUAACUAUACCCACCUACCUGAAACUUACUGCACUAUUAGUAACCAUUCUAGGAUUCGUCAUUGCUAUAGAACUAAACUCAAUAACUCUUUAUCUAAAAACCAAAAUAUACUCAAACACAUCAAAAUUUUCAACCUUACUAGGCUAUUUUCCUACCAUCGUUCAUCGAUUCAACCCUCAUCUUAACCUUGUAAUAAGCCAAAAAUUCUCAUCAACCCUAUUAGACUUAGUAUGACUAGAAAAAUCUAUUCCCAAACUUACAACUAACCUUCACUCAACAGCCUCCACCAUAACCUCUAAUCAAAAAGGCCUCAUCAAAUUAUACUUUUUAUCAUUCUUAACUUCAACACUCCUAGCAACCAUAAUCGUAUUCUAUUUCCACGCGUAA